AUGCUUGGCGCCAACAGCUUCGCCGGGCGGCGCAAGUCGCUCUACUUGAGCCUGGCUGUCGCUGCAGCGCUCAUCUGCCUGGUGAACCUCAUCUUUCUGACUCACGCUGUCGACCACAGCAUUAUUCGAUUGCCAGGUCUAUCGUUAUUCCGCCCUAAAUCAAAGCAGCUCGACGGCAGCCUUGCGCGCGAUGAGCACCCGAUUGUCGGGUUAAUGAACGAAGCGAAUAAUCGCUGGCAGGAAUAUGAGAAUAGUCGUUCGACCAACUUCCGCCAGGCCGUCGCCAAGUAUCGCCAGACCUACGGGCGACACCCGCCCCCCGGCUUCAAGGAGUGGUACCAGUAUGCGCGCGAGAACAAUGUCCAUAACGUCGAUGACUUCCAGCAGAUCACGGGGGAUUUGCGCCCGUUCUGGGCCGUUCCGCCCAAGGAAAUUCGACAAAUGGCGGCGCGCCUGCAGCAGAGCCCCGGGAUCGCGGGUGUACGUAUUCGCGACCACCAGGUGGUGUCGCACACGGAGGGAUGGCGCGUGGAAACUCUAGCCGCGGCUGUGGACAAGCUUGCCAAACAUCUGCCGGACAUGGAUAUCGCGAUGAACACAAUGGACCAGCCUCGCGUUAUGGCGACCUAUGAGGAUAUCCAGAAAUAUCUAAAAAUCGAGGAAAGCACCAGGGCCACUCCUCCUGAUGCAACGGACGAGUUCACCCAGGGUCUGGACGAGUUGUACAAUGAAGAAGCGGGCAUCAACGAGGAAUUGGACCCAGGAUGGUUCUCCGUUGCUGGAAAGCUCUACAUGGAUUUCGCCAAGGAGGCCUGCCCUCCAGAAUCUCCUGCCCGAGAUGCCAACAUGACCGUGGCAGAUGCGGACAAGCUGUUCAAAUCCUCAUUCGGCGACUUCAUCUCCAACUUCACCGGCUCCACGGACCUUUGCACGGUGGGACCUGAUCUUGGAGACAAGCACGGAUUCCUCUUCUCCGCUUCCAGUAACACGAUCAGCAGAAAAUUGCUUCCCGUGUUUGGCGAAUGCAAGGUCAGCGUGAACAACGACAUUCUCUUCCCGGCAAACAUGUAUUUCUUGAAGGAUCCGCGCUAUGUAUACGACCCGAAACACGACUAUGAAUGGGACGACAAGACCGACUCUCUGCUCUGGCGCGGUGUGACCUCUGGCGGUACCCAAGUGGAAGACAAUUGGUUCCGCCUCCAUCGCCAACGCUUUGUGCACGUGGCCAACGCCACCGAGAUGGACUUGGAGAAAGUCUCCAUCCUCUCCAAGGACACCCAUGAGCACUACCAGAAGAUCGAUAACUUCCGCCCCGCCGACUUUGCCGAAUCCUACUUCGAUGUCGGUUUCACUGAGGCAUGGGGCUGCAUCCCUAACUGUUCCUUCUACGAGGGUGUCUGGACCUACAAGGAGCCUAAGGCAUUUUCAGAACAAUUCAAGUCCAAGUACUUGGUCGACAUUGAUGGCCACAGCUUCUCCGGUCGCUGGCGUGCCUUCCAUCAGAGCAAGUCGCUCGGUAUCAAGGCCACCAUCUUCCGCGAAUGGCACGACUCGCGCUUGUUCGCCUGGCGCCAUUUCGUCCCAAUGGACAACCGAUACGGGGAUCUGUACUCCCUGAUGACCUACUUCAUCGGGCUCCACCCUUCCGCCUCCAAAGAUUCCCUGUCCAGCCACGGCCCUUCUGUUCCCCGCCACGACUUCGAGGCUGAGGUGAUUGCCUCCCAGAGUCGCGAAUGGGCUCACCUUACCCUGCGUGAUGAGGACUUGGAAAUCUACCUCUACCUCCUUCUCCUUGAGUACGGGCGUAUUGUUGACGACAACCGUGACAAUAUUGGGUAUAGUGGCGAUGGAAGCGAGCUUGACCAUUUUGAUGCGCAGUACCCAUUCCCCGAAACAGUGCGGCCUUUGGCCGGUGUAUAA